UUCUUGGCAAACAGCAUGUGGGUGUGGCUGUAGCCUACAUUAAAAGCGGGGUCAUGAAAACGAAAGUAUUGCAAAGUAGGCUACAGAAUGGCGUCUUCCUUUCAGUCUGACGAAGAAGAACAAAAUCUGCCAAAAAGUGAAAGUGAAUCUGACGACAGCGAUGAGUCGGACAGUGGCGAGUCGGACAGUGACGGAAAUUCAGAUAUAGAAGCUGAUUGUCAGAUUCAGAGGAAAGAGCCCUGCAAGUAUUACAACAAGGGUAGCUGUCGGGAUGGUGGGAGGUGCCCUUACUUGCACAUCUGCAAGUAUGCUCUGACAGGAAGCUGUCGCUACGGGUCCAAGUGUAAGCUGAACCACCCCAGAGGUGGAAGACAGUCAUCUGGUGCAAGCGACAGGGCUUCGCACCGAUCAACGUCUAGUGAUCCAAAGCUUACUGAUGGCCGAUGCUACCAGUGGCAGUUGAAUGAUGGAAAUGGCUGGAAGGAUGUUGGUAAUGAUCAUAUUCUUGAGGCCCAGUACUCGUUGCCCCACACCAAAAGCAUUAAAAUCUACAACACACCAUAUGGGGCAGUGAGUAUAGAUUUUAACAGGAUGAGAGUGAAUGGAAAGAGUCUGAGAGUGAGACGUUUGGAUGAUGGGAACACUGUGUGGAUCUGGUACUGCACAAUGAGCCAGAAGUGGAUCAAGUAUGGAGAUAAGGGUCCGAAGGGCAAACCCAGUCCUGUGAAGAGUUCUGACAUAGAGGGAAAGUUCCAGAGUAACCCAACAAGCUCGUAUACUUUCACCGUCGGUGCUGAAACCCUUGAGAUUAAAUUUGGAGAAAUGCGACAGGUGAGUAAAAAGAGAAAGAGGAAAGUUACUCGCCGACCACAGUACAGACAACAGCCAGCAGGAGCAGGAGUUUCUCAAGCAGCCUCAGCGCUCCAGAAUGUUUCUCUGGGAACCAAACCACAGUGGGAGUUUGAGGGAGACAGUGGAGCGUGGCACGUCUUCAAACACAGGCAGAGCAGUACUCCGACUGAAUGCUCCAUAACCAGUGAUGACAUUGAGAGGAAGUACACGCAAAACCCCAAUAACAGCAUUACCUUCAAAGUGAAGGGACACUCCUACAAGCUGGACUUUGGAGCGAUGAUCCAAACCAACCUCAAGACCAAGCGUUCACGCAAAGUCAGACGUGUGCUGGUGUGAGCAUUAAAUGGGAUUUCAAAGACCCUAAGAAGAAAGUCUACAAACAAUUGUGCAAUACCAUAUUUAUACAAUCAUUGUAAUUGGAGAUUUGUAUUUUGGGGGUGUUUGGCGCUAUAUUGGCCUCUUUAUGCAAUACAUUUAAUGCUGUUUA